UACGGCACAGUGCACUUCCUUUUGGCUUUUGCUAAAACAACAUUAGAGUUUACUUCUCCUGGACGAAUCUUGAUCGAAAAUGGCCUCAGAAAAACCCAACGUUUCAGAAGUAAAGGAUUUUGAUCAUGGCAGACUUAAACACGUGCAAACGACAGAGAAGAACACACUUCCGAGCGACGAAACUCUCAAACAAGAACUUGCGCCUGAUGUUUUACCUGAUCGAUCAGAAGUUAAAAACUUCGACCCAAAGAACUUGAAACAUGUCGAAACUGUUGAAAAGAACCCAAUUCCAUCAAAGGACACAAUCGAUGAGGAAAAGAAGAAUAAACCAUUUGAAGGCGUGAAAAUUUACGAUAAAACAAGACUUCAACAUGUUGAAACAAACGUUAAAAACCAGCUCCCAUCUAGCCAAGAUGUUUAUCAAGAAAUGAAGAAUGCUGCUGAUGAUUUGCCAGAUCGCUCUGAGGUCGCGUCAUUUGAUCAUACAAAGCUAAAACAUGUUGAAACAACAGAGAAGAAUGUUCUGCCGGACAAAUCAACAAUUCAAGAGGAAAAGAUUGAUUCACGUGCAGAGGUGAAAGAAUUCAGUAAGGAUAAAUUGAAACAUGUCGACACAGUGGAAAAGAACAAACUACCAAGUGCUGGAGAUCUAGUGGCAGCAAGAAUGCCAAAGGUUAAGCCAGACAGAUCUGAGGUGACCACAUUUGAUAAAGACAAUUUGAAACAUGUCAACACAACAGAGAAAUCUGUGUUACCUGAUCAAAAAGCUAUCAAAGAGGAGUUGGUUGAAUCAAGAGCUGAGGUCAAGAGUUUCGAUAAAAGUAGUUUGAAACAUGUUGAUACGGUUGAAAAAAAUCCACUACCAGAUGCUGGAACAUUAGCAGAAGCUCUUCGACCAAAUGAGCUUCCAGACAGAUCAGCGGUCACUUCUUUCUCAAAAGAAAACCUUAAAAAAGUCCAAACAACCGAAAAGAACGUCAUACCAAAUAAAGAUGCAAUUCGAGAAGAACUUGUCAACUCAAGAGCGGAGGUGAAAUCGUUUGACAAAUCUAAACUACAACAUGUUGAAACUCAAGAGAAGAAUCCUCUGCCGGAUGCUCAGUCGAUUGCUCAGGAGAAAUCAGCUUCGUAAAUGUGAACUUUUAUGUAACUGUCGAGUUUCCUAUGCCAGCUUCGAAUAACGGGUAAACAUUUGAUAUUGUACUUGUGAUUAAGAAAACAAGGAACUGUUUUAAUACAUAAGCGAGUUAGUUGUUGUCACUAUUCUGUAUCUUCCGCUAGUAGAUAUAUGAAAUAAUUUGGAAUAGAAAAAAACAUAGAUUAUGUAGUGUUUUAUGGAUGCAAUUUAGUACAUUACAUGUAAAAUUUACUUGAU